AUGCAUCAUGUUGUGUCUACUUGCCCUUUAUGUAAUUCAGCUAUUGAAACUGUGGAACACUUAUUUUUAGAAUGCAACCUUUCUAAGCAGGUCUGGGAAGCUAUGCAAGUUACGGUGCCUAACAUGUUGGAUGGUACAGGUUUGGUGGAUUGUAUUUGUAGCUGGUUUAGUAAUGGACCUAAUAAUAAUAGAAUGCCUAACACAUAUAUGCUUGUUAGUAUUGGUCACACUUUCUGGCAUUUCUGGAAAUUUAGAUGUGUUGUUGUUUUUGAUAAUGCACAGUUGCAGGUACAUCAACUAGUUCAGAAUAUUAAGAAAUCAAUCCUUGAAUGGAAUGAGAACUUAAUAAAGCAAACUAGUAGACAGAGACAGACUGUUAGUGGUAGAUCUGUAGUGCAAUGGCAGACUCCAUUAAAUAGUUUCAUCAAAAUCAAUUUUGAUGCCUAUUUUUGUAAAGAAAUAAAGUAUAUGGAAACAGGUCUAAUUAUGCUAAAUGAUGCAGGUGACUUCAAAAGAGCCUGGCGCGUUCCAGCAGUAGCAGAAAAUCCAGAGCAAGUUGAAGCAUUAGCAGUGUUUGAAGCAAUUCAGUUGGCAAGAAGGAAAGGGAUACUAAAUCUUCAUGUGAAAGGGGAUUGCAGAGAUGUUGUGGAUGCUCUGAAUGGAAAAGAUGGAGUAGUCAAAUGGCAAAAUAACUCUAUAAUAAGAGAUUGUGUUGAGUGUUUUAAGUAUUUCAAUAACUGGGUAGUCACUUAUGUUCCUAGAGAAACUAAUAGUAUGGCUGAUUUAUUAGCAAAGGAUGCAAUCAGCAUGUAUACUAGUACUAGUUGGGAUAAUAAUCCUCCUGAUUGGAUAUUAUCAAUUAUGAGAGAAAAACUCAAUGUUCAACCGUUUCAACGAUUAAUAUAA